GCUGCACCGUCUCUUUAAUUUGCCAAAACCAAUCCCUUCCUGAUAACAAUAUUUUCCGAUGCGAGGGGCGCCGUUUAUAGUCUGCUUGGUGAUGCUGGUACUGUUGUUGGUGGCUCCGCCGUGCAAGGGCUGCAGCCCCUCCGGCAACGGCGGCUGCAGAAACUGCAUCGUGCGGCAGUUGAAGUCGGGCUGCCCCAGAUGCGUGCCGAUAAUGCAGUGCACGGCGCGGUGCCUCUGGGGCGGCGCGUCGCGCUCCAAAUGCGUCAAGAAAUGCGACUGCGGCACCGGCUAUCCGCGCCUCGCCGAUUGCAAGAAGUGCCUAUCGCAGUGCAAAUGCAGCUGCUCCGUUUAAGCCUAGCUAGGUUGGCUUUUGGCAUCGGCUUGUAAGGUUGGUUUGGUUAAUUAGGAAUUCAAGUUUGUUUUCAAUGGCUAUGUUUCUUGUGCAUGUUAAUAAUGAAUCGAGGUGUGUUGUCCCUUGAAGAUGGCCUAUAUAUCGAUAAUUACUUACAUCUUA